CACUUUCAAUAUCGCCCAGGGCGCAGUGGGGGACCCGAAUGUAUAAUUUUCUAAAAAGCUCAGAAAUAGAAAAUGGCUUCGAAAAGUCUAUUAUUACGGGAAAUACGAGGAAUUCUUAGUGAUCCCCUGGAAGGAGUACAUUUAAUAUUUAAUGAAAACAACUUAUUUGAAAUACAAGCGGUAAUUGACGGGCCAGUUGACACCCCUUAUGAAAAAGGGAAAUUCCGCGUUAAAUUAUUACUUGACAAAGAGUAUCCACAUUCUGCCCCAAAAGGCUACUUUCUUACAAAAAUAUUUCAUCCUAAUGUUUCACUCGCUGGAGAAAUUUGUGUUAACACUUUAAAAAAAGAUUGGUCCCCAAACUUAGGCAUUAGCCAUAUUUUAUUGACUAUUAAAUGUCUUCUUAUUGAGCCGAAUCCCGAGAGUGCACUUAACGAAGAUGCAGGUAAAUUACUUUUACAAAAGUACGAUGAGUAUGCGAAGCGAGCAAGGUUGAUGACCACCGUUCACGCUAUGGCGCAUUUUAAAGGUACUAAUAACGAAGUAGUAGAUAUAAACAGCGGAGAAGACUGCAAGGAUAAGAAUUUUGUUGUUUCUCAAAUGUUUUGCGAGAGAAACACCGGAAAUAGGUUAAAUGAAUGCCACAAUGGGAUCGCUGAAAUAAAGGCCGUUGACACUAAGAAGAAAAAGGGGCUAAAGCGCUUAUAAAGGAUUUUUUAUUUAAAGUCAUCAAUAAAUAAUUGUAUUACGCUAAAA